GCACUUCCGGACUAGAACGCGCCAUCUAGGAUAUUAUCCAAAAUUUCUCCAAGAGUUCUCUGGAAAAGGUGCUUCAGGCACAAUAUACAGCAUGAACCCAAAUUUUCAAAACAUAGGAACAGCUUUUGUUACAGCCUACUAUCAGGCUUUUGACAGUUGUGCUAAUGGAGAUGAAAGGGGAGCCAAAAUUUCACAGUUUUAUCAUCCUGAUGCUCUAUUAAUAUUUGAAGAUGACCAGAAGCAAGGCAAAGAUGCAAUUUGUGAAAAAAUCAGGAAUUUACCUUUCCAACAGGUUCAGCAUGUGAUAACGAAAACAGAUUGCCAACCAACAUUGGAUGGAGGAGUUUUAAUAAUGGUCUUAGGACAACUUCAGGCGGAUCAAGACAAACCCUUAGGAUUUUCUCAUGUUUUUCAACUUCGUCCAGAAGCGGGAGGAGCGUUUUUUAUCAUGCAUGAAAUUUUCAGGCUAGCGGUCUUCAACUUUGCAGCUUAGAAAAUGUAGAUAGUAAAAGUAAGAAAAAAUCCCAAUCAAGUGUAAAUGUACCAAUUGCAAGAGUGACUUUGUGUAUCCAUACAGCCUUUGAUAACAGUUUUCUUGGUAUUCCUGCUUGUAUUAGAUUGUUUCUAUUGUCCACUUUUUUUUGUUGUUGAAAAACUAUGAAAGCAGAACUUUUGAUUAAUUUUUGCAAGAGAAAGAAAUUGGAAUGAUUUUCUUUUAUAUUUAUGGAAAGGUGUAUAAUGUUGUUAGUCAUUGAAUUAGAUAAUACAUGUAUAAUGUUUCCUGCCGUUGGCUGUUUUACAUGCCUUCUUCAAUUCACAAUGUGUCUAAUUUGUCAAUACACAUGUGCUACAAUGUGAGUUUGCACAUACCAAUGCACCACUCAAUUUUCUAGAUUCAAGAUAGUUAUAUGGAGCGCUUGUACAGAAAACUAGUAACCAAUUCCUUAAUUUUACUCAUGUGUGUUAUUGAUUAUCAGUAACCCAAAUUUAGCAAGGUGCCGCUUAUGAUAGAGACUUGUCGUGCUUCAUGGAUGAUAAUUUUUUUUAUUUGAAUGAUAAUUUAAAUAUACCGGUAUGUUCCAAGCUUACGUUAAUGGGCUGUUUAAGAAAUUUAAAAUGCUUGCAUUGUGUUUAGCAUCCUGUAGAGAGUUUCUAACUGAAAGUAUUUUUGUCAUGAUUAUUUGUCCAGUUGGCUGUAACAAAUGUCCUUAAUCCAGUGCUACAACAGGUGCAAGAUAUUGGUGCAAAGUAAGCUAUGAAUGAAAAAUAUCUGCAAGCAAUAUGUACAUGUUCUUUGGUACCAGUUCUCAUGUUAAUUUUGUUGUUAUUUUGUGUUGUACUCAGUUUCUGUAAUAAUAAUUGUAGAUAAAAAUAAAAUUUUACUAAAACUAUUUUUUAAAGAUACUAAACCCAAAAAGUAAGAAGUAAAUGCUGAAAAUUUCUUUAGGUAAACUUUCUUUCAAAUUCUUCAAAAAACUAAAUAUGUAAAUAUUAGAAACCAAAUUUACAACAACAUCUCAUUGGAAAGAAAAAUAUUAAUUACUAUGUUUUACUUUCUCUUUUUAAGUUGAUAUAAUUUCAUAUGUCAUAUUUGUCAAAUAGGCCAAUGUUUUCAAGGUACCGUAAUAUAAAACUGUUUAAAAAUUAUAGGUUGUACUUUGGCAAUUACUCUUUUUUUGGUAAAUUAACACUUUGACCUUUGCACUGGUUGUUGAUGUAUCAUUGCUUCCGUUUCAUGUUUAUUUUUAAAAUUAAGAGUAGCUGGGUCAUUGAUUUUGUCCAUCUUGUUCUGUAGAUGAUAACAUUGUAAUAUAGAUCGAAUGUUUCUGGUACAAGUUCUGUAUGUAUUGAGUGCACAGCUAAGUUAAUAAACUGUACUAAAGUACC